AUGUCUACCGGCGUCGGCGUCUCCUCAUGCUGCCUUUCAGGCAAGAUCGCCCAAGGCAAGCCCACUGGACGCACCGAAACCAUCGCCGGUCUCCAGACAUAUGUCGCUGAGCCCGCCGACAAUUCCAACAAGAAAUCUGUCGUUUUCCUCGUCGACAUUUUUGGCUGGACACUGCCAAACAUUCGUCUUCUCGCAGACAACUAUGCCAAAGCAGGCUUCACUGCCUACAUUCCCGAUGUUCACGAGGGCGAUUCAUUGGAUCCUGAGUUUCUCGAAACUGUCGAGCCUCCUCUCCCUCAACGAGAAGCCAUGGGUGCUGCGGCCAAAGCUGCCGCUACUGCUAAAGUCGGCGCUACUCUUGGGCCAUGGUUGAUCAAGCACCGUGAGGGCGUCUCUAGGCCUCUGAUUGAAGGAUUCAUCAACCAGAUUCGCAYUACUCCUGGUACUGACAAGGUCGGUGUCAUUGGGUUUUGCUGGGGUGGUAGGUAUGCCAUCUUGGCGGCCAACGCACCUUUCAGUGGGCAGGAAGGCAAAGGCGUUGACGCUGCCUAUGCAUGCCACCCUAGUUUAGUGAGCAUUCCGGCGGACUUUGAGCCCGUCGCUGUGCCUUUGAGCCUGGCGCUUGGAGACAAGGAUAGUCUCUUGGGAGAGUCAGAGAUCGGCAAGAUCAGAGAGAUCCUGGCGAAGAAGCAGAGGGGAGACCAGGGCGAGAAGAGCGAGAGCGAAAUCAAGGUGUACGCUGACCAAAUCCAUGGAUUCGCUCUCAGGGGUGACUGGAGUAGUGAAAACGACAAGAAGGCUAUGGAUGAAGCUGAGAAGCAGGGCCUUAACUUUUUCAACAAGCACCUCUAG